CUUGAAUUCCUUGGUCCUUGAUCUGGAUUAUCCAGCGCUGAGGAAAAACAAGAACAUAGAUAAUUUCUUAAAUAGAUAUGAGAAAAUUGUGGAAAAAAUCCGAGCUUUACAAAUGAAAGCUGAAGACUACGAUGUUGUUAAAGUGAUUGGAAGAGGCGCUUUUGGAGAAGUGCAGCUGGUUCGCCAUAAAAUGACACAGAAGGUUUAUGCAAUGAAGCUACUUAGUAAAUUUGAAAUGAUCAAGCGAUCAGAUUCGGCCUUUUUCUGGGAAGAAAGAGACAUCAUGGCCUUCGCCAAUAGUCCAUGGGUGGUUCAGCUUUUUUGUGCCUUUCAAGAUGACAGAUACUUGUAUAUGGUAAUGGAAUACAUGCCAGGUGGAGAUCUUGUAAACCUUAUGAGCAAUUACGAUGUGCCUGAGAAAUGGGCCAAGUUCUAUACAGCCGAGGUUGUUCUUGCACUUGAUGCAAUUCACUCCAUGGGCUUGAUACAUAGAGAUGUGAAGCCUGAUAAUAUGCUUUUAGAUAAAUAUGGACAUCUAAAGCUGGCAGAUUUUGGCACUUGCAUGAAAAUGGAUGAAACAGGUAUGGUGCGCUGCGAUACGGCGGUUGGAACCCCUGACUACAUAUCGCCCGAGGUGCUGAAAUCCCAAGGCGGGGAUGGUUACUAUGGACGGGAAUGUGACUGGUGGUCUGUAGGGGUCUUCCUUUUUGAGAUGCUAGUUGGCGAUACUCCUUUUUAUGCAGACUCGUUAGUAGGAACAUACAGUAAAAUUAUGGAUCACAAGAACUCAUUACAUUUCCCGGAUGAUGUGGAAAUCUCUAAGCAUGCAAAGAAUCUUAUCUGUGCCUUUUUAACUGACAGGGAUGUGCGACUUGGGAGAAAUGGGGUAGAAGAAAUAAAACAUCACCCUUUCUUUAAGAGUGAUCAGUGGAACUGGGAUAACAUUCGAGAGACUGCAGCUCCUGUGGUUCCUGAGCUGAGCAGUGAUAUAGACAGCAGUAAUUUUGAUGACAUUGAGGAUGACAAGGGAGAUGUGGAAACCUUUCCAAUCCCCAAAGCCUUCGUGGGAAACCAGCUGCCUUUUAUAGGAUUUACCUACUAUAGAGAGAAUUUGUUGCUAAGUGACUCCUCUCAGUCUUGUAGAGAAAAUGAAUCCGUGCAAUCUAGUAAAAAUGAGGACAGCAGGGAGUUUCAGAAAAAACUAAGCAAGUUAGAAGAACAGCUCAGCAAUGAAAUACAAGCCAAAGAUGAACUAGAACAGAAGUACAGGUCUACUAAUACUCGUUUAGAGAAGAUAGUGAAAGAACUAGAUGAAGAGAUAACCUCAAGGAAGAAUGUAGAGUCUGCAGUAAGACAGUUGGAAAGAGAGAAGGCUCUUCUUCAGCAUAAGAAUACAGAAUACCAGAGAAAAGCUGAACAUGAAGCAGACAAGAAACGCAAUUUGGAAAAUGAGGUUAACAGUUUGAAAGACCAGCUUGAAGAUUUAAAAAAGAGGAAUCAGAACUCUCAAAUAUCCAAUGAGAAAAUCAAUCAGCUACAAAGACAGUUGGAUGAAGCCAAUUCCUUGCUGCGAUCAGAGUCUGAUACUGCAGCCCGGUUAAGAAAGAAUCAGACAGAAAGCACGAAGCAAAUCCAGCAGUUGGAAGCUAAUAAUCGAGAAUUGCAGGAUAAAAACUGCCUGCUCGAGAAUGCUAAACUCAAACUGGAGAAGGACUUUCUCAAUCUUCAGUCAGCUCUAGAAUCAGAAAGGAGAGAUCGAAGUCAUGGAUCGGAGAUUAUCAGUGAUUUACAAGGUCGAAUAUCUGCCAAACUAGAAAUGGAGAAAAGGCAAUUUCAGGAAAAACUUACAGAUUUAGAAAAGGAAAAGAGCAACAUGGAAAUAGACAUGACAUAUAAAUUCAAAGUUAUGCAGCAGAACCUUGAACAAGAAGAAGCUGAACAUAAAGCUACAAAAGCACGAUUAGCAGACAAAAAUAAGAUUUAUGAAUCUAUUGAGGAAGCAAAGUCUGAAGCCAUGAAAGAAAUGGAGAAGAAGCUUUUGGAAGAGAGAGCUUUAAAGCAAAAAGUAGAAAAUCGAUUGUUAGAGGCUGAAAAGCAGCGUUCUAUGCUGGACUGUGAUCUCAAACAAUCACAACAGAAAAUAAACGAGCUCCUUAAGCAAAAGGAUAAACUAAAUGAAGAUGUAAAAAACCUGACAUUAAAAAUAGAGCAAGAAACACAAAAGCGUUGCCUCACUCAAAAUGACCUCAAGAUGCAAACGCAACAAGUCAACACCUUGAAAAUGUCAGAGAAGCAGCUAAAACAGGAGAAUAACCAUCUUCAGGAAAUCAAAUUAAGCCUGGAAAAACAAAAUAAUGAACUCCGCAAGUAAGCAGAGUUGCUCAAU